GCGCGCUGGUGACACGUGGAGCCGCUAUGGCGGCCGAGGCUGGGGAGACCGCCGCGUCCCGAGGGCAGCUGUCGCUGCUGCUGCAGCCGCCGGGUUUGGCUGUGGCCAUCGCCACUGUCGCGGUCGCGGCCGCUUUCGCCAUUUACUUCUUCGGGCUCGGUCGGUCCAAAGAGAGGGCGCUCAGCGCCAGCGAUUCAGAGGUUGAAGAAGAAGAAGAAGCCUCUCCCAAGAACGGGGAGGUAAAGAAAGCUGAAGGUGCCGGCAGCAAGAAACAGAAGUGGCAGCAGCGACGCGAAAAGACUCAGCAAAGCACGUUCAGCCACCCGCUCCUUGCAGCAACUCUCAAGGCUCACAGCAGCAAUGUGACCAGCCUGGACUUCAGCAACAAUGGGAAGUAUGUGGCGACCUGCUCCGACGAUCGCACCGUGCGCAUCUGGCAGAGCAAGGACUUUGGCGAUCGCGACCACAAGAGUUCCCGCGCCAACGUGGAUCUGGACCACGCCACUCUUGUCCGUUUCAGCCCCGACUCGAGGGCAUUCAUCGUGUGGCUGGCCAGCGCCGAGACCAUCCGUAUCUACAAGAUGAGCAAGAAGGACGACGGGACGUUCGCGUUCUCCGUGGCGCCCAACGAUUUCCCUCGAAAGCACAAAGCUGAGAUCAUCAACAUCGGCAUCGCCGCCACCGGCAAGUUCGUGAUGACAGCCUCAGCAGACACGACCAUCCACCUGUGGGACCUCAAGGGCGAGAUCCUGGCCACUAUCAACACCAACCAAAUGACCAAUGCCUACGCGGCCAUCUCUCCCUGUGGCAGGUUCAUUGGCUCGUGUGGAUUCACACCAGAUGUCAAGGUGUGGGAGGUUUGCUUCGCCAAGACGGGAGGAUUCCGCGAAGUGAGUCGUGCCUUUGAGCUCAAGGGACACUCCGCCGCCGUGCACUCCUUCGGAUUCUCCAACGACUCGCACAGGAUGGCGACGGUGUCCAAGGACGGCACGUGGCGGCUGUGGGACACGGACAUCCAGUACCGCCUGCAGCAGGAGCCCUACCUGCUCACGAAGGGGAAGUACGAGGCGGCCACGAUGGCGGCGUGCCGACUGGCACUGUCCCCCGAUGGCCGCGUGCUGGCGCUGGCCGCGGGGCCCACCGUGCACGUGUUCGACGCUCGCACAGCCCGGCUCAUGGAGACCAUCGUCGGCCCACACGGCCCCGAGGCGGUGCUGGAGCUGACCUUCGAUCCCCUGGGCCGCUACGUGGCGUCGUGUGGGGACCGCGCAGUGCGCGUGGUGCACAACGCCGCCGGCUUCGCGGCGCAGGCCGAGGAGCUGGAGGAGCAGGCCCGCGUGGCCCCCACUGAGGCCGUGCGCGACCGCCUCCGCCAGCAGGCCAAGAAGGCCCGGCAGGCGCUGCGCCAGAUCACCGCCGUGGCCUAGGGGUGCCCGCCGCUCUAACCCCCCCCCCUCCCACCACCACCAGGCGCUCACUGACAUCGGCGACGCACGGAGCACGCCUUUCCCGCGGCCCGUGACGGCGAAGGACGUACGUCAAUGUUUCGUGGAAAAAAAUCGCCGAGGGCAAGGGCGAAAAGUGAACGCGGAUCGCCACGUGGGCCGGAUCCAGGCUUGUUUCUUUUCCAGAGUGUCCCACGGUGAAUUGGGCUUUACCUGGAACCGCGGAGAGAUAUGCCGCAAUCCAUCACCGACAAAAGGAACGAUAUCUGUCAUGUCACGCUGGACCGGAACUAUGUGGGCAGCGCGAUGAAAAAGCCCGCCCCUGCAAAAAAACAGCAUUUUUUUUACGUGCGCGUUUUUUUGUGAAUUUUUUUUAAUCAAUAUCGCAGUCAUCGCAAGCGUAGCCGAUCGACCCGGCGGAGGGGCGCCGCCAGGGUACCGCCUCGGGGGGCGGGGCAUGCCACCUAAACACCGCGGCAAGGACGAGCGCGGCACGGGAGCGGCGAGCCAAGCCGGCAGCAGAGUUGACUCUCGUUAAGAAACCGCCGCCCUCUCAAAGCCCUCUCGCCGCGUCAUCAAAUCUUAGAGACCGGACGGAGGGAGUAAUUUGUUUGACUGUGGUGUUUUGCAAGAGUUUAAUUGUCGUUUUAGAGAAAUUAAAGGCACAUUCACGCAGA